CUUUCUUUUUUUCCUCCAGGUUCAAAACUGGUCUGCGAACUUGAGGGGGAAGAAGUUACACCGUCGAUUUUAAAAGGAAACCCAUGUAUUAGCUGUUUUUGUAGGAAUAAAGAGGUAGUUUGCAGAAGAGAAGUAUGUGAAGAUCUUGUUGAUUGUGCAUUAGUAAUAACAACGCUGGGAGUCGACUGCUGCGAAAAAUGCAAAGGUUGCCGCUAUAAUGGGGAUGUUUAUAACAGUGGGGAUACGUGGGCUGCCCACGAUGAUCCAUGUAGAACAUUUCAGUGCCGGGAGGGCGUCAUAACAGCAUCCGUCAUGCAAUGCGAGCCAGUAGACUGUCCAUUUGGCACUCAAGUGUUACCCGGGCAAUGCUGUCCAUCAUGUGCAGGUUGUUCUGUAGAUGGAAGGCAGCGAGCUGAGGGUGAAAAGUUUUACCGUGAUUCUGAUCCGUGCACGGCAUGCGUCUGUGAAAAUGGAAGAGUCACUUGUUCCAAACAAACCUGCCCCGUCCUAUCUUGCCCUGAAUACCAAGUCGAAACACCGGAGGGGCAAUGCUGCCCAAAAUGUGUCGCUCAAAGAAAAGUCUUCGAUCUCGGGGACAGGUGCCUCUUCCGGAACAACAUCUUUGACGCAGGACAGACUGUCUUCAAAGACAAGUGCACCAAGUGCGUCUGUUUGGAGUCAACAGUGAUGUGUCACAGGGAAACCUGUCCUUCGGCAUUAAACUGUCCGUCGGGCAAUAUCGUACAGGGAGAUGACGAUUGCUGUCCGCGCUGUGAACCUUUAGUGUGUGACGUCAACGGGACCAAUUAUCAGGAUGGUGACGUAUGGCACCAAUCUGUGUGUGAAUCUUGCAGCUGCAACAGCGGAAUUGUACAAUGCAGGGUGGAAGAGUGUCGCAUGAAUCUUCAAUGUGAAUCGAAUUUUGAACUGAAGACGUUGGAUGGAGAUUGUUGCCCGCAGUGCAUAGAAAAAAAUGGAGUCUGCACAGUUUUCGGUGAUCCCCACUACCGCUCUUUCGAUGGUCGACUCUUCAACUUCCAGGGCCGCUGCAAGUAUCUUCUCGCGGCCGACUGCAGUACCAACGACUUCCGGGUCAGAGUGCGCAACGAUGGCCGCAACACCAAAUCGUUCUCAUGGACGAAGACCGUCUUUCUGACCCUCGGGAAGCACUCGAUCACGCUGCUCCAGGACUACGUCGUCCGCGUCGACAGGGAAACGAUCACGGUUCCGUACAGCGUCGAUUCGGUGUUUAGGAUAUACAGGGAUAGUUAUAACGUCAUCGUAGAUACAAAUAUAGGUAUAAUUCUUUCAUGGGACGGGGACAGCUUUGUGGAACUCUCAGUCCCGCCUCAGUACAAGAGCAAAAUGUGUGGUCUGUGUGGCAACUACAAUGGUGACCGUCACGAUGAUUUAAGAACUCUUAAAGGCGAGUUUACAAAUGAAGUAAGGACGUUUGGAGAAUCAUGGAGAGUUGGUGGAAAUAAAUUUUGUGAUCAGAGCGUUACGAAAGCAUUAAAGUAUUCGUGUUGGGACGACAGCGUUGCAAGGAGGAGGGCGCAGAGGUCGUGCCGGAAUAUAAAGUCCAUGAAGUUACAGGCCUGUCACGGUGUAGUCGAUCUAUGGGUGUAUUAUAGGUCCUGUUUAACAGAUAUGUGCGAAUGCCCCGAAGAUAAACUAUGUUCGUGCGAGGCCGAGUCGGCCUACAUCCGGGAAUGCCGUAGGCAGGGCGUUGAGCUCAACUACACCCAGAAUGCAUUGUGCACUGAUAUGUCAUGAGAGUGAAUACAAAGUAUGAUGCUGUGUUUUGACUCGGUCUGUAUCUGCAUCAAUGGCUGCCAGAAGGGAGUUCGAACUGCGACCCUGCUACGCUACAACAUGGGUCUCAAAUCACGAUGUCGCAUGAGUGGAACUCAAGGGUGAUCCAUGCCGAAACAUGCACAGCGCCACCUACCGGGGUCUAAGAGCAGAACCCUUCGCACACGGCGUUGAACUUAAUCAUCACCAACCCGUUCGCAAGGUCCACUACGAUGCCACUGCAAUGCCAUUACGAUAUGACUGCGAUUUCGUGAGACAUGAUCGUAGAAGCUGUGUUAAGAAUGCUCCGUCCAUGCACCCUCACAUUAGCGUCGUUAUGUUAUGUUUAAAUGAUAGAAGGAACUGCAAGAAGUAUUUUUUCACAAAACACCCAGCGUUUGCAUCAUAUUUUGUUUUCUUUUCCUCAUAGACAGAAUUUUAGAAUGUGCUAUUCUUUAAAUGACAGAAGUACAGUUUCUUGUUAUUUGUAUUUUGGUUUAAAUCUUACACAAUCAGGACCACUUUCAAAGCAAUUAAAAGUCAACAUAUUUGUUUUAUUUUAUGUGGAAAGGGGCAAAGUGUUAUAACUACAACCGAAUACUAAACGACGUUGGUGACUGUAAUGGUGUCAAGUUUAGCCUACGGGUACUAUUUAUUAAACUUACUUCUAUUUUUCUUGUAGUUAAAUGACAUAUAACUUAUUUUCAAAUGAUUUUCGAAAGCAGAAUGUUCUGUAUUCACAUCAAAGUACAUGUAUUACGUUUUCGGAUAUUGUAAGGAAUGUGGGAGGAGUGCUGUUAAAUGUUUUACUUCGAUUAAUGUGUCACUCGGUUUUGUUGUAAUAACUCCUGUCAUUCAUCUUAAAGGUAAAGACCAGUUAUGGUCAUGCGAUUGCAUUGUGAAAGAAACGUUGUGGAAUCGAUCAGAAAAGGUUGAUCAUCUAGCAUCUAGCA